CCAUCACCGAAGCAACGUCGUCAUGAAGUUGUUCGGAUUUAUAGCCUUGGCUUGCCUCUGCCUCACGCAGAUGGUGGCCACUGAAAAGCUCAUCAAUUGCUAUUGGGGUACCUGGGCCAACUAUCGUCCCGGCGAUGGCAAAUUCGAGCCCUCCAACAUCAAUCCACAUCUAUGCACUCACAUUAGUUACACCUUCUUUGGAAUCCGUGAGGAUGGUGAGUUCCAAUCACUGGACACCUGGCUGGAUAUGGAUGAUGGCUUGGGAUUCAUCAGCAAGACCAUUGCCCUGAAGCAACAGAACCCGAAAUUGAAGGUUUUGGCUGUUGUGGGUGGCUGGAAUGAGGGCUCCAUUAAGUACUCUGCCAUGGCUGCCGAUCCGGCUAAGCGCGCCAAGUUCGUUUCCUCUUCACUGGCCUUCAUCCAAGAACAUGGCUUUGAUGGCUUGGACUUGGAUUGGGAGUACCCAGCACAGCGCGGUGGCGCCGAUGCUGAUCGUGAAAAUUUCGUGACUCUUCUGAAAGAGAUUAAGGAAACAUACGAUAAAUAUGGCUUGGAAUUGGGCAUUGCCGUCGGCGCAUCGGAAGCUUCAGCUAUUCUGUCCUACGAUAUCCCAGCCAUUUCCCAGCAUCUGACCUUCAUUAAUGUCAUGACCUAUGAUUUCCACAUGGCUCUGGAUGGCUAUUUGGGCCUGAACGCCCCUCUACCGGAAGUGCAACAGUCUAUUGACUACUGGCUGUCCGCUGGUGCUCCACCUGAGAAACUGAUUCUGGGUAUUGGUUUCUAUGGUCACAGCUAUCAGAUGUCUGACAGCUCUCAAAAUUGGCCAGGAGCUUCCUGCAUCGGACCUGGUUCAGCUGGAGCGUAUACCCGUGAGAACGGAUUCUUGGGUUACCAUGAGAUUUGCCAAAACAACUGGGCUACAGUUUUCGAUGAGGAAACCAGCUCUCCAUAUGCUUUCCAAGGCGACCAAUGGAUUGGCUAUGACAAUCCUGCCAGUAUUGAGUUGAAGAUGCAGCUGGUGGAGUCUCGCAACUUGGGAGGAGCAAUGAUGUGGUCCAUUGAAACUGACGAUUUCCGUGGAUUGUGCGGCGAGAGCUAUCCUCUUCUUAAGACCAUGAACAGAGCCAUGGGCAAGGAGGUAAACGACGAAGGAAGCAAUGGCAAUGGAAACGAUGGAGGCAAUGAUAAUGGAAACGAUGGAGGCAAUGGCAAUGGAAACGAUGGAGGCAAUGAUAAUGGAAACGAUGGAGGUAACGGUAACGGAAACGGCGGAGGAUCCAACGACGACUGCACCAGCGAUGGAACCUUUUUGCACAGCUCCGAUUGCAGGUUCUACUAUCAAUGUGUAGGUGGCAUUCGAUACGAUUUCGACUGUGGUGAGCAACUUCACUUUGAUCCCAGUACCAAUAUCUGUAAUUGGCCCAGUGAAGCCAACUGUCCGUACUAAAGUGGCCCAGAAAGUAAAUCAAUAAAAGCCAAUUAAGAAAGCCAAA